GGCCAUCUGCGCAUGCCUAGAGCCACCUUUGGCCUCUGCACUUCCACCUCUGUGCACUGCAGCCUUUACUUCUGUUUUCUUCAGGCCUUGCGUGGGAAGCGGUUCCGGGGCUGGCGAGUCUAUGCCCUCUUCUAGGGCCAGUGCUACACGACGAGGGAGAGGCGGCUUUAUAGGGAAGGAGAAUUCAGGAGCUGCCACACAGGCCAGAUCUUUCAUGACCCCAGUCCUCCUCUUCUAACCCAGCGUAUCUUGAGAGUUGUCUACAUUUUUCCAAGAACAGCAGAAAAUGAAUAAAUCCCAGAUUGAACAGAAAUUCCAGGGAUCGGUAUCAUUUAAGGAUGUGACUGUGGGCUUCACCCAAGAGGAGUGGCAGCACCUGGACCCAACUCAGAGGUCCCUGUACAGAGAUGUGAUGCUGGAGAACUACAGUAACCUUGUCUCAGUGGGGUAUUGUGUUACCAAACCAGAGGUGAUCUUCAGGCUGGAGCAAGGAGAGGAGCCAUGGGUAUUGGAGGAAGAAUUCCCAAGACAGAGCUUCGCAGAAGUCUGGAAGACGGAUCAUAUGAAAGAAAGGAGCCAAGAAAACCAGCCUAAACAUGUGUGGGAAGUUGUAUUCAUCAAUAACAAAAUGCUGACUAAAGAACAAGGUAAUGUAAUAGGAAAACCACUUAACUUGGACACAGAUUCUUUUCCUUCCAGAAAAAUACUCUGUGGGUGUGACUCAUGUGGAAUGAACUUCAACUAUGUUUCAGCAUUGGUUAUCAAUAAGAAAAACUAUUUAGGAAAAAAGACUGAUGAAUUUAAUGCCUGUGGAAAAUUGCUACUCAAUAUUAAACAUGAGAAAACUCACACUAGAGGAAAAAGUGAAUUUUUUAAAAAUGGGAGAACGGUCAGUCAUAAUGAGGAUCCUAUUCAGCUUGAGAAGAUUCAAACUUUAGAGCAAAAUUUUGAAUAUAGCAUAUAUCGAGAAACCUUCCUUGAAAAGGCAGUAUUGUAUACACACAAAAGAGAGAUCACUGAAGGGAAUGACUGUGAAUAUGAGGAAUAUGGGAGAAGGUUCUGUGAUAACGCAUCCUUCUUGUUCCAUCAGAUAACUCCCCCAAAGGAAAAUCACUAUGAACUUAGUGAUUGUGGGAAAUCCUUAUGUGUGAAGUCCACCCUUUUGAAACAUCAUGGGGCACAUUUGAAAUACUAUGAAUGUGAUGAAAGUGGGAAUAAUCUCAGGAGGAAGUUGUACCUCUCACAGCUUCAGAAACCUCAUACAGGAGAGAAACACUUUGAGUGUAAUGAAUGUGGGAAAGCUUUUUGGGAGAAGUCAAACCUCACUAAACAUCAGAGAUCACACACAGGGGAGAAACCCUAUGAAUGCAGUGAAUGUGGGAAAGCCUUCAGCCACAAGGCAGCCCUCACGUUACACCAGAGAACACAUACGGGGGAGAAACCCUAUCAGUGUAACGCAUGUGGGAAAACUUUUUACCAGAAGUCAGACCUCACUAAACAUCAGAGAACACACACAGGACUGAAACCCUAUGAAUGUUAUGAAUGUGGGAAAUCCUUCUGUAUGAAUUCACACCUUACAGUACAUCAGAGAACUCAUACCGGUGAGAAACCCUUUGAGUGUCCUGAGUGUGGGAAAUGUUUCUGUCAGAAGUCACAUCUUACACAACAUCAGAAAACUCACUUAGGAGAUAAACCCUAUGAAUGCAGUGCAUGUGGGAAAACUUUCUACCACAAGUCAGUACUCACCAGGCAUCAGAUAAUUCAUACAGGGUUGAAACCUUACGAAUGUUACGAAUGUGGGAAAACCUUCUGCUUGAAGUCUGACCUUACGGUACAUCAGAGAACUCACACAGGGGAGAAACCCUUUGCAUGCCCUGAAUGUGGGAAAUUUUUCAGCCAUAAGUCAACCCUGUCUCAACACUAUAGAACCCAUACAGGGGAGAAACCCUAUGAAUGUCAUGAAUGUGGAAAAAUCUUCUAUAAUAAAUCAUACCUAACUAAACAUAACAGAACACAUACAGGGGAGAAACCCUAUGAGUGCGGUGAAUGUGGGAAAACCUUCUGCCAGAAAUCACAGCUCACUCAGCAUCAGAGAAUUCACAUAGGGGAGAAACCCUAUGCAUGUAGUGAAUGUGGAAAGGCUUUCUGCCAUAAGUCAGCUCUAAUCGUACAUCAGAGAACACAUACAGAAGAAAAGCCCUAUAAAUGUAAUGAAUGUGGAAAAUCUUUUUGUGUGAAAUCAGGACUUAUUUUGCAUCAGAGAAAACACACAGGGGAAAAGCCUUAUGAAUGUAAUGAAUGUGGGAAAUCCUUCAGUCACAAAUCAUCCCUCACGGUGCAUAACAGGGCUCACACGGGGGAGAAAUCUUGUCAAUGUAAUGAAUGUGGGAAAGUUUUUUAUCGUAAAUCAGACCUUGCUAAACAUCAGAGAUCACACACAGGGGAGAAGCCCUAUGAAUGUAACACAUGUGGGAAAAUGUUCUCUCAGAAGUCAAACCUCAUUGUACAUCAGAGAACACACACAGGAGAAAAAUCUUAUGAUUGAAGCGAAUAUUAGAAAUGUUGAGCAUUUCAGAGAAUUCACACCAUGGAGAAAGCUCUGUUGACAUCCUGAAUGUUCAGUAACCUUCAUCCACAAACUGGCCUUAUUUUACUCCAAAGUAAUGACAUGGGACAAAUCUCUAGACUGCAACAAGUAUAGGACAGUCUUGUUAAGAGGUAACAUUCCAUUGAACGUCACGUAACUAAUACUCGCAUAAAACCUCACAGAUAUUUUGAUUUUGUAAAAAUUUUAGCAAAAAUACAAACUAGGUUAUGUCAUAAUUUAUGUUGGGGAAAAGUCUGUCCAUUUGAGACAUAUGGCUUGAAGAUUUUCUUUAGAGGUAAUCUAACAUUAGAAGUUAGAAGUUGUGUUUUGGUUUUGAUGUCAUAGUUAUUUUUAGGAAAGAAAUUGUAAUUUAUAGAUGUAUAUUGUGCAAUGUAAAGCUUUAAAAACUAAAAAAGAAUAGUAAAAUAGACUCACAAGAAGUUGCAGUAAUAGUACAUAAAAUUUUCAUGUGCCCUUUACGAAGUUUCCUCUAAUGAUGUUGCAUAACCAUAGCAAUUCUCAAGUACAAGAAAUUGGUGGUACUCUACUACUAAGUCAGAUACAGACCUUAUUCAGAUUUCACCAUGUAGUCUGUGUGUUUGUGUGUGUAUUUCUAUGAAAUUUUAUGGUUUCUAUAUUUGAGUUAACCUUCAGCACAGGUUGCAAAAUCAAAAAGGAAUCUGGAAUCUGUAUUACAUUAAGACUACAGAGGAAUCAGGAUUUCACAAUAAGAAGUUCCCGUGUAUUAAUAAUCACAGCCUUUCUGCCACCCUGAUUCUGGCAACCAUUUGAAUAUGAAGCUUUUUAAAAGCAGAGAUAAAUUGAGUAACUAGGGCAACAGCAUUAAACACCUGUGAAGUAUCCCUUAAGUUCACAGAGCUUAGGUAUGUACAUUAUAUAAACUAUAUAUGUUUCCUACACAAAACAGAACUUAAUGAAAUUGUGAAUAGAAAAUAGAUACUCUUAGUUUAGCAGUUGUUAACAACAUUAGGCACAUCUCCCAUGUGUGUAGGGCCUGGAGCAACAGUUCAAUAAAAGGAAGCCCACAAAGUUAAUGUCUAAUCUUUUAAAACUUAUAUAUCAAAAUAACAGAAUGUUUAAUAAAAUGUAUUCUAUGCAUGGGGAUAUCUAGGCCCUACUCCCAUUGCCCCUUUUCUCUUUUCACCCAUGGUUCAUCGCAAACCAUGAUGUGCCUUGAGUAUACAUAUGUAAAUACUCUAGUCUUCAGCCUAAAUUUAUCCAAACUCUGUGUAAGCAACUGCUUUCCAAGACAGGGUCCAAGAAAGAAGCCUCAGACUAGAUGACACUCAGGGCUGUAAAUUAGACUGUAAAUUCAAGGGUCUGAUGUACCCAGAGAUCUGGGCCCUUAAUGACUGUUGAUUCUGUGAGAAGGAGGUUUGAGCCUGGAGUAGAACUAGAGUGGUGCUUUUAUUGAUGGGGCAAAGGUGAUAUACUAAAUUACAUAAUCAGAUUAUGUAAAUAAUUAGGUUAAGCUAAUAAUCUAAGAUUACAUUAUCAAAUGAUCUUAGAUUGCACACAGAGUCUAAGCUUCCAUUUUAGGAAACUAGACAAAGAAGAGCAAAUUAAGUCCAAGGAAUAAAAAACAAAAGAAUAAUGAGAAUUAAGGCAGAUAUCAGAGUAAUUGAAAACAGGAAACCAAUAGAGAAAAUCAGUAAAACCAAAAGCUGGUUCUUUGAGAAGGUCAAUAAAAUUGAUAAAUCUCUAGCCAGUUUAACUAAGAAAAACAGAAGACACAAAUUGCUAAUAUCAGGAAUGAAAGAGAGCCAUAACUGCUGAUCCCAUGAGCAUCGAAAGGAUUAUAAAGAAAUGUUACGGACAACUCUGAGCCCACAAAUUUGAUAACCUAGAUGAAAUGGGCCAAUUCCUUGAAAGACACAAUCUGCCAAAACUUACAGAAGGAUAAAUCGGAAUAGGCAUAUAUCUAUUCAAGAAAUUGAAUCAAUUUUUAAUCUUCCAAAUCAGAAAGUAUUAGGCCCAGAUGUUUUCACUGGUGAAUUCUACCAAAUUAAGGAAGAAAUGGUAUCAGUUCUCUACAAUAUCUUACAGAAUGUAAAAGCAGAGAGAAUACUUCUUACUCAUUGUAUGAGGCCAGCAUUACCCUAGUUAUAAAACCAGGCAAAGACAUAACAAGAAAGGAAAACUACAGACCAAUAUCUCAUGAACAUAGAUAUGGAAAUUUUCAACAAAAUACCUGCAAAUUGAAUCCAAUAAUAUAUAAAAAGAAUUACAUGUCAUGAUCAAGUGGGAUUUAUCCAGGUAUACAAGACUGGUUCAACAUUUAAUAAUUAAUGUAACCCAUCAUGUCAACAGGCUAAAGAAGAAAUAUUAUAUGAUCAUAUCAAUAGGUGCAGAAAAACAUUUCAAAAAAUCCUAACACCCAUUCGUGAUAAAUAAAAAACUCUCAGUAAGCUAGGAAUACUAGAUUACUAUAAAUAAAUACUAAGGAAUUUCCUUAACUUGGUAACGAACAUCUAUAAAAAUCCUACAGCUAGCAUCAUACUUAAUGGUGAGAAAUGAGAUGCUUUCCCAGUAAGAUAAGGAGCAAUGCAAGGAGGUCCCCUUUCACUACACCUUUUCGGCAUCCUUCAGGAAGUCCUAGCUAAUGCAGUAAGACAAGUAAGGGAAAUAAAAGGUACAGAUUUGGAAGGAAGAGAUAAAACUAUCUACGUUCACAGAUAACAUGAUUGUCUAUGUAGAAAAUUCCAGAGAAUCAACAACAACAAAACCUCCUGACACUAGUAAGCAAUUACAGCAAAGUUACAGGAUAUAAUGCUCAGGCAGGUGAUAAAAAGAAAUGAGCUAUCAAGUAACAGACACACAGAAGAACCUUAGAUGCGUAUUGCUAAAUGAAAGAAGUUAAUCUGAAAAGGCUUUAUACUGUAUGAUUCCAACUGUAAUGCAUUCUGAUAAAGGCAAAACUGUGGAGACAGCAAGAAGAUCAGGGGUCCAGGGUGAAGGUGGGAGGGAUGGAUAAGUGGAUUACAGAGAAUUUUUAGGACGGUGAAACUAUCCUGUAGGAUGCUGUAAUGGUGGAUACAUGUCAUUGAUUUGUCAAAACCUACAAAAUGUAAAACACAAAGGGUCAACCCUAAUGUAAACUAUGGAUUUCAGUUGUAAAACUGUAUCAGUAUUGGCUCAUCAGUUGUAACAAAUGUAUCACACUAAUGCAAGAUAUUAAUAAUACGGAAAACUGUGGAGGGAGGUGGAGGUGAAGGGGUAUAUAGGAAUUCUGUGCCUUCUGCUCAUUUUUUCUGUAACCCUAAAACUACUCGAAAAAAUGGAGUGUAUUAAAUAAAUAAACAACCCUGCCGCAUAUAACAGUAUAGAUUAAUCUGUGAGGAUGCUUUCUUACAUAUUUACGAAAUUGAAAACUCACAUCAUUCAGUACCAAUUUUCCCAUGUGGGGUUGGGCUGGGGAGGGGAAUGCAUUCUCAGAAAUCAUAUAUUGACAACCACUGAAGCAUAUUUUCAAUUACAGCUUUUUGCUUU